AUGAUCCAUCAGGUGGAGUAUCAUCUGUUCCAGCAGCCCAAUCAGCUGAUAGAGUCCUGCCGCCAAGAAGAAAUCGCAUUUGAGGGGUACUGCCCUUUGGCCAAAGGUCAAGUCCUAAAUGACCCCACUAUUGUGAAGCUUGCGGAGAAGUAUGACCGAACACCUGCUCAGAUCUGUAUCCGCUGGAGCAUACAGAAUGGAGCCAUUACAAUACCAAAGUCCACCAAAAAGCAGCAUGUGCUACAAAACUGUCAGGUGUUUGAUUUCCAACUAGAGGAGGCAGACAUGGAAGCUUUGAAAAAGCUGCAUGAUGGGAGACAUGUGAGCUGGAAUCCGGCAAACGUGGAGUAA